AUGGAAAGUUCGAGUUCAUCAGAUUCAUCAGAUUGGGAAACUGUUGCUGCUUUUGUGGUCCUCGAUGAAGACGAGAGAAACAAAAGGUCGACAAGAACAUGGGUCCAUGAUAUAAAUACCAAAAGAGAAGAGUUGGGUGAGUUUCGAAGGCUAGUUCAAGAGCUACGAAACGAUUCGAAACGUUUCCAUAUGUAUUUUAGAAUGACAAUAGAACAAUUUGAUUACAUACAUGAACUUAUUAAAAGUGAUAUAUACAAACGAAACACUCAACUUCGAAAAGCCAUAACUACUGAAGAAAGAUUAGCUGUUUGUUUAAGAUUUCUAGCCACAGGAAAUUCAUUUAGAAGCAUUGGCUUCAGUUAUAGAUUAGGAUUUAGCACUGUUCGUGAAAUCGUUCAAGAGGUUUGUCAAGCAAUAUGGAAGAGACUAGGGCCAAUUACAAUGCCACAACCGACGGAAGAAAUGUGGAAAACUAUUGCCUCAAGAUAUAAAGAAAUGUGGAAUUUUCCGAACUGCAUUGGUGCUAUUGACGGCAAGCACAUUAAUAUUCAGUGUCCGAUCAAUGCUGGAUCCACAUACUAUAAUUAUAAAGGCAGUCAUUCAAUUGUACUCCUAGCUUUAGUUGAUGCUGAUUAUAAAUUCAUUGCGAUUGACGUGGGAGCGUAUGGAAGAAACAGCGAUGGCGGUAUUUUGUCUAAUUCAAUAAUUGGAAAAAAACUACAGAGUAAGACGUUCAAUAUUCCAGAACCAGCCCCCAUAAUACAAAAUGGACAACCACAGCCAUAUGUCAUUGUUGGCGACGAAGCGUUUCCAUUGAAAACCUACCUACUUCGUCCAUAUAGCAGAAGUUAUUUAGAGGACAACGAGCCCAACAAAAUAUUUAACUACAGAUUGUCACGGGCCAGGCGUGUUGUGGAGAAUGCUUUUGGGAUCCUGGCUGCACGCUGGAGAUGUUUUCGAGGACCCUUAGAAAUUCAACCAGAGUUUGUAGAUAAAGUUGUACUCGCAUCAUGCUGCCUUCAUAACAUGUUGUGUGCAGAUAAUGCGUUUGAACCAGACACUGAAUCACUUCAACUUCUAGAAUCAGCUCUAUUAAAUAUAGAUUCGUUAAGAAGAAAUAGCACUCGCGAAGCAUUUCAAGUACGGGACUAUUUUAAAGAAUAUUUUAAUUCAAAUGUUGGUAGUUUAGUUUGGCAAAUUGAGAGUGUUCGUAAGGGAAAAAAACAAACUUAA